GAGCGGACGGCAGUGUCGAGUAUAAAUAUACCAUCUCGUCGUCAAGUUUCAUAUUGGUAAUUUAUUUACCCCGGUAGUGCGGUUGCCUCGUCGACUUCGAUUAACUAUAUAUUUUUUUUCGCGACAAGUGUUUUCACGUGCGGUCGUGAGCUGCGUGAGUGCGAUAGUAUGCGCAAUUCUGUAUUUUACAGUGCAACUUUGCUAAACGUCCCGAUCCAGGAUUCAUGACUUUGGAGAUGUCUCGUUCAAAAUCGGCACGAGCGUAAAAGGAUUGGUGCGUUCUUCUUUUUUCUCUCUUUGUUAGAGAAGUGACGAACAGUGCGCUCGGCGAUCAUUCGACUUUUCUGCUUCUCGAGACGAGGUUUCUACCGCUCAAAGAACACUUCUGUCAAGCUCAAGUUAAUUUAAUGCUGACAGGUGAUUCGAGCAUUCGCUAUGCCACGUAGGAAACAUCCAAGACAUCGUCCCAUAGGGGAGGAUACUAGAAUCGCGGUGAACUUAACUCUAAAGAAACUUCUGGACACUCCAGAUCAAAAGGAAUUAGAGUUUCCUUCUUCGUACACAGCGGAGGAGAGAGCAUAUAUUCAUGAAUUGGCCAGAGGUCUUGGUUUAAAAUCAAAAAGCCGAGGGAAGGGUAUGAAUCGAUUUCUGACUGUGUACAAAAGAGAAGGUUCGACGAUAGUUCAAGCUGACGCUGUGAUAAAAUUACAAAAUGCUUCGAAGCAGAGCAUAUACAAUUUGUCACAUACUUUUCCAUUGAACCAAAAGGAAUAUCAAGAUUUACUUCCUCCAAUUGAAAGGGAACGUCCUCUCAGUACCGAUGUAAAUACAAAUACCAAAGCGAUGGGCAGAUUGAACAGCAGCAUACCCCAAGUACCUCAGUUGAAGACCAAUUUCGAUGUGCUGCACUUCCGCAAAUCCCUGCCGAUUUUUAACUCCAGGGAAGAGAUACUCGCUGCACUGAACAACUAUCAAGUGGUCAUAAUCGCCGGUGAGACCGGAUGUGGAAAGACCACUCAGGUGCCGCAAUAUAUCCUGGAGCAUUGUCAGCAGAAGCAUCAAGCUUGCAGGAUCAUUUGCACGCAACCCAGACGCCUGUCGGCGGUGUCCGUGGCCGAGAGAGUAGCGUUUGAGAGGGACGAGAAGAUCGGCCAGACAUUCGGAUACCAGAUAAGACUGGAGAGCCGAGUAGCGCCGAAAACCCUCCUGACGUAUUGCACGAACGGAGUGUUGCUUCGUACUCUAAUGGGCGGCGAUUCCGCCUUGUCCACGCUCACGCACAUUAUCGUCGACGAGGUGCACGAACGCGACAGAUUUUGCGACUUCCUUAUGAUAGCUUUGAAGGAUGCGCUGGUGAAAUAUCGUUCCCUCAAACUGAUACUCAUGAGCGCCACGAUGGACACCAGUAUCUUCGUGAAGUACUUCAAUAAGUGCACCGUGAUCAACGUGCCCGGUCGCUCGUACGACGUAGACGUAUACUUCCUGGAGGACAUUUUGAAGAUGACGAAUUACAUGACGAAGGAAAUGCUGGCGAUGAAGAAGGAGUUCUUCAAGCUGAAGGAUCAGCGGAAGGUUCUGGAAUCUUGGACGCAGUACAAGCCCCAACAUUCCAGUAGAAACGCCACGAAGGAGAAGUGUCUACUGCCGGCGCCGAUUCUGGCCCAACAGAGUGAUCCUAUACCGGAGAGAGUCAAGCUGGAGCCUUGGCUGAUGGAAGAAAUGGACAAGAGUGUUUCCGACGCGUGGUUGCACGGCGGGGAGGAUAAUUUUGCGCAGCUUUUGCACUUCAUACUGUCGGAAAAUGUCUCGGUGGACUAUCAGCACUCGAAGACUUCGGUGACGCCACUGAUGGUCGCCGCCGGUAGAGGCUGCAUCAACACCACCGAGCAGCUUUUAAAUCUAGGCGCGAAUCUCAAUCUAAGGGCCGGCAACGAAUGGACCGCGUUGGACUGGGCGAAGAAGAUGAAUCAGACCGAGUGCGCCGAGCUGAUCGAGGCUUAUAUGAAAACCUACGACUGCGUGGUGUCGAAUGACGAGUUGGUCCGCGUUGCGGAGACGUCGCUCGCCGAAGAGGACAAGAUACUGCUCGACAUAUAUCAUCAUACGUUCAACGACGACAAUAUCGAUUACAAUCUACUGUUGGAAUUAAUCUUCCACGUUCACUUGAAGAUGCAACCCGGCUCUAUCUUGAUAUUCUUACCGGGGUAUGACGACAUCGUCAUAAUGAGGGAGAAGAUAAAUGCAGAGGAGAAGAAGAUGAGUCAAAACUCACGUUACAAUCUAUACGUGCUUCACUCGAACAUGCAGACCUGCGACCAGAAGAAGGUGUUCAAGUCCAGUCCGCACGGCACCCGGAAGAUCAUCCUUUCCACGAAUAUAGCGGAGACCAGCAUCACGAUCGACGACGUUGUUUACGUCAUCGACUCGGGGAAGGUCAAGGAGAAGUCUUUCGAUGCUAUAUCGGGCGUGUGCACGUUGACCUCGAACUGGAUAUCUCAGGCUUGCGCGAAGCAACGUAAGGGCAGAGCGGGUAGAUGCAAGAGGGGAAUCUGUUACCGUAUGUUCUCGUCAGUGCGACACAACAGUAUGCAGCCUUAUCAGACGCCCGAGAUCCUACGGUUACCGCUGCAAGAGCUGUGCUUGUACACGAAGUACCUGACGCCUGGCAACACGCCCAUAGCCGAGUUCCUGGACAGAGCUUUGGAGCCACCGUCCAACAUAGUGACCAGAAACGCGGUUCAACUAUUGAAGACGAUCGACGCGCUGGAUCCUUGGGAGGACUUGACCGAAAUGGGAAGUCAUUUGUUGGACCUGCCGGUCGAGCCGAGGCUCGGGAAAAUGCUCUUGUACGCAGUGGUCCUGAAAUGCCUGGAUCCCAUUUUAACCAUCGUCUGCAGUCUGGCGUACAAGGACCCUUUCAUACUGCCGUCGCAGCCGUCGCAGAAGAGAGCCUUGACCGCGGCGCGAAAGAAAUUCGCCACCGGGACGUAUUCGGAUCACAUGGUGGUGUUGCGAGCGUUCCAAGGUUGGCAGAACGCCCGUGCGUCCGGCAAAGAGCGUGCCUUUUGCGAGAAGAAUUUCAUUUCCGCCCCUGUGAUGGAAAUGGUAGUCGGAAUGCGUACGCAACUUCUCGGCCAGCUGCGCGCCUCCGGCUUCGUCCGAGCGAGGAGUCCCAGCGACAUUCGGGACUUGAAUUCCAACUCGGAAAAUUGGGCGGUCGUGAAAGCGGCGCUGACCGCUGGAUUAUAUCCCAACUUGAUCCGAGUCGAUCGUGAUCAUUUGCAGCUACGAACGCAAAAAGAGGUCAAGGUAUUCUUCCAUCCCUCUUCGACGUUGAGGGAUUUCCCCAAGUCUCCGAGAAUGACGUCCGCUCAAACACACGCGGCUAACGUGCAGGCCUUACCGUGCGAUUGGCUGCUCUAUGAAGAGAUGAGCCGUACGGGGCGUUUUUGCCAUGUGAAAUUCGUUACGCUUGUAAAUCCACUAACGGUAGCGCUCUUUAGCGGACCGGCUAGACUACCAAUGGACGUACUUCAUGAAGCCGAAGCCGUGUGGGAGAGCGAUUCGGACUCGGAGGUGGACGAGUCGCACGAAGGGACUAUUUUCAAGCUUGAUGACUGGGUAGUCUUUAAACUCGAUCCUGAGACGGCCGAUCUGUUCUUACAAUUGCGACAGAAGUGGAAUGCUCUGUUCCUCAGGCGUAUGAAGGCUCCAAACAAAGCUAUGUCGGCGUUAGACGAGAAGGUCAUCAAUACCUUGGUGACUGUGCUUACGAACGAGGAGCAAGCCUGUGGCCUCCAGCAGCCUACUGGCAUCGGCCAACGGCCACGUCCAUUAAUUGUCGACUAUUAUCCUGCGAAUGUCAGGAGAGACGAUUAUCCAGAGAGAUACUUUUAAAAAGUUGGAAGAGGAAUUAUCGUAUGUCACGUACGAUCUGCCAAGCGCGCUACCACGACACGACACUAAUUUCAACGGCUAACCGCUGUAUGUAAAUGUUAUUCUGUAUUUCUAAACAACUUUUGUUAUUGAUAGCAAAUAUAUAAUAAACAUACGAUGUGUACGUGUACGUAUUGAGUGUAGGACUGCUUCAUGAAUAUUGCAUUCUGAUUUUCAGUAUUAAAAAAGACUGUGUUACAAUAAUAGCUUCACAAGUAAUACUCAUUAAUAUUCUAGGUGAAGUAUAUUAAAAUAGGGACAGUUAUUUAUUUGUUUACUACGAAAAUUACUUUUUCACUUAUUGGGAUGUGAUAUUUAUUAUUGUUUUUAGUGACUGGAGAAUAGAAAUAAUUAUACAUAUGUGUAAUAUUUAUUUUAUUUUGCCUCAGCUUACAUGCCAAGAACUCAGAUAACAUUAAGACGUCCUAAAAAAUGUUGUAAAGAGGUCUGUUAGACAAUAAGACGUUCAAAGAACGUCUUUGAGGCGUCUUUUAGACAUACGUGUUGCAUAGAAGAGAAUUUGGUUAAUUUUUUUCCUUAACCAAACGCAUCCAUUCACAUCUUGGCUAUUUGAAAUCUGAUACGUAAGUAUCACAACAAAAUAGCUUAUCUCAUUAUUUCUAUUUUAUCUUUCACAGCCUUUUAUAUCUAAUAAUUUAUCCUUAUCUACUCUCAACUAUUUCCUACUUAAUUUUUGCAUUAAACCUAAACAGUUUACACUUACUCUUUACAUUUCUAUUUCUAUUUUCCACUUAUUUUUCUUUUGCUAUAUCCUUAGAUUUAUCUGUUAUCUGAAUAAUUAAAUAUUCAAAUAAUGUUAGUAGAUCCGAAUGAACCUUGAAGUAUUAGAUAUUAAGUAGAUGUAACUUACGUUUCGCAUAUAAUACACAUGCUAUAUUAAAUACUAAAUAGUUAAUAUAAGGUAUUAUUAACUAUUAUAUGUAUAUGACAGCUAUAUAUCUGCAUACACACAUUGUUAUGUGUAUGAAGAUAAUUUGUUUGAAAAAUACACUAAAUCAGUGAUUUGUUAUUCAUUUGUAUCAUAUGUAUGAGCGAAUUUACAUGAAAUUACUGGCGGCAAUUUGCUUAUUUGUUUUUAUAUUUAUUUUUAUCAAUUAAUUUCGGCUCAUGUGUGAUGUUUUCGAAACAUUAGUAGAUCUUAGUAUUCUGGAAAGGGUUCUUCGUGAAAUCUGCGGAACACUAAUAAGACUUGGUUUUAAUUUUAAGUUGCAAGUUUGAUAACCAUAUUACACACGACGUUUUAUUUCCUGAAAAUAUUACAAAAUAAACAUAAUAGCACGAUACAAUUAGACAUACAAUACAGACAUAUUACUAAUGGACUUUAUACGAAUUCAUACUGUGUGAGUAACAUAAAGGAAAUGAUAUGAUAAAAUAUAGCGGAGAGAAAAGGGAUAUAUAAUUAAAGUAAUUUGUCUGCGCGUUUUUGUAACACACGUCUGAAUUCGCAAGCGAUUAUCCCAUUGGACUUUGAUUCCUGUAAAAUUAAUACCACACAUCAGAAUACGCUAAGCAAUACAUGUAAGCAUAAGUGUCAUGUAAAAUUAAUGCUGUCAUAAAUAAGACGAACUCCGUCCGAGACAUCGAUGUAAUAGCAUUGUAGUAGCAUGACCUACUUCUAGGUAAUAACCGUUGUUCGGUCAUGUUAUCGAAGAUUAAAAGUUCGUCGGAUCUAUCAUUGUAUCGCAAUAAUUGAAAAUAAAAAUAUUUUGUUUGCUA